AAAACAAAGAAAAUGAGGGACAAAAAAGACUUGUAGAUAAAUCAAUAAUUAUGUAAUAAUCACUUCAAAAGUAUGUGGACAUUAACAAAAGCAGCUACUACAGAGUGAACUGAAGCGGAUCAAGAAUGGCAACAAUACACAUAUUCUCGUCAUCCGCCCCAAGAUUAUUAUUCCCCUCAUCAAAGAAUUCCCAACCUUUGAGUCACAGCAACAAGAGAAGCAAGUUGUUAUUGUUGUGUUUAAGUUCGAGAAAUGGAAUAGAGUGUCCUGUUCCACAAGAACAGCAACCCAUAAACGAAUACCAGUCGCUGUCGACUUCCUUCCCCUUCUCAUGGGCCGCUGGGGAUGUGGUUGAAUUCGGCUCCCGUCUCUUCGUUGUGGGCUUCUCCUUCGCUCUUUUCGUGGGCCUACCUGUAGCCUGGUUCGGUACCGUUGGGGCCCAAUCAGAACCCGCGAAGCGAAUCGUGUGUGCAGCUUCGAGUGGGGUGUUGGCGGUUACGUUUGCCGUUGUUAGAAUGUAUCUUGGUUGGGCUUAUGUCGGCAAUCGCUUGCUCAGUGCCACCGUUGAAUAUGAGGAGACAGGGUGGUAUGAUGGUCAGAUAUGGGUGAAGACUGCUGAGAUUUUGGCACGUGAUAGGCUCUUGGGAUCAUUUUCUGUUAAGCCUGUACUGGGCAGAUUGAAAAUUACUCUAGUCGGUCUGGUGGCGUGCUUGGUGGCAUGGGCUUUUAUCUUCAUUAACAUUGAUGACAGUUAUCUAACAUCAAGAGAAACUGGAGUUAGAGCAAUACCUGGAGCUUACAAUGAUGAAUCUGCUAGAUCAUUUGAACCAGAUGCCUUCUGUGGUGAGCCUGAUCUUCAAUAAUACAUGUUUUAGUUACUCAGUUUCAUUCACAAAUGUGUUAUUUGUUAGUCAACUUAUAGUCUAUAAAAUUACUAGCAAAAGAGAUAUUAGAGAUGUAUUUAUAAUUUCGAUUCAUUAAAAAACUAUAGAAACAAUACUUUAACAUUCAAGGAUCAAAAUGACUAUUUACACGAUUAUUAUGCA